AUGGCCAUUCGUUUCACGGUGAACAAAUUUCCGCUAGAUCCGGAAUCGCGCGAUGCGACGGGUCUCCCGUGGGGCUGCGUCGUCCAACCAUUCGCUCUAGAUGACGAAGCGGGUAUUCCGGGAAGCGGCGUCGCAGCUAGCGUCGGCACCGGCGGAAGCAGCAUUCGAAAAUCGUCUUCUAACUCCUCUUUCCCGCGCUUCGGCUCGUCGUCGUCUCUUAAUUCUGCGUCUGGCGGCACGGCUCUGCAGCCGCUUCCCGCGGCGCUUUCGCCGGCGCCGCUUCCGCUAGCUGAUGACGUGGCGCGGUGCGAGGAUUGCUAUGCGUAUAUCAAUCCGUACUGUGCGAUCGAUCGGUUUUCGUGGCGGUGCUCGCUGUGCGACGUCGUGAAUCCGUUCAGCGACGCGGAGCUGCGUCGCUACGGGGGAUCGAACGUCGCAGACGUCGCAGAGCUGUCGCACACGCUCGUCGAGCUGGACGUUGCCGCGGAGGGCGACGCUGACGAAGUGGAAUUUGAGCAAGGAGAGUCGCAGGGCGACGGAGAGGUCGCAGGUUCCAUUCCGCAUGGGUUGGGAGAGCCAAUUAGCAGCUGCCACGUGUUGGACGAAGCGGAAAUUCGCAAGCGGCCGGUGUAUAUCGCCAUGGUUGACGUGUCAGGCUCAGAGGAGUUUCUGGAACUCGUUAAGAGCUCGCUGCUGGCCGCGUUAGAAGCGCUCUCGCCUGCUGCACUGUUCGGGCUGGUUACGUUCGGAAGCAAGGUCGGCCUUUAUGAUCUACAAGGCCCCGUAGCAGCAGUGAAAUCCGUCGCCAUCCCCGCCUCCUCUGCUCACCGCUUACCCCUAGCCCUGGGCGAUCUCCUCCCCCUCCCCGCCUUCCUCGCGUCCCUCUCGCGUCACAAGGAGCACGCAGCUGCUGCUCUCGAAACCCUCCGCCCCGACCCUCCUCCCCUCGAUUUGGACGCGUCUGGAGGGGGGAAGGGCGGUGGGGGGAAGGGAGGAGCGGCGCAGGGCGCGGGGGGGAAGGGCGGAGGGGGGAAGGGAGGGAAGGACGCGGAGAGAGGGGGGAGGAAGGACGGUGUUAGGGGCUUCGGAACGGCUUUGGACGCUUUAAUUAGGUAUUUAGGGGGUAUGGAGGAUGGUCCGAGUGCUAGAAUAGCCAGAGGCCUCCGAGCUGACGUCAUCAAUACCAGUGGAAGUGGCGGCGGUGGUGGGGGUAACGUGAGUAUCGCCGCAGCAGCAGCGGCAGCAGCGGCCGCAGGGGAAGUAGGCCCGUUUGUAGGGGCCAGAUUACUGGUUUUCCUCUCUGGAGCCCCGAACCAUGGUAUGGGGGCGUUGAGUACGGUUCGGUACGAUACAGCUCUCGCCAGCCUGGCUGUAGCGGCGAGUCAGAGAAGCAGGAGCGCCAAGGAUGUAGCAGACCCGGUUGUAGCGGAUAAGGGGUUGCUACAGGAGCAGACGCCGUUUUAUAGGGAGCUUGCUGCGGCUGCGGUGCAAGCGGGGGUGUGCGUGGAUCUGUUUGCUGUACCGAGUUAUGCUAGUAACGGGGAUGAAAAUGCUAGUAGAGAGGCCGGGGACGAGGCUACCCUCCCUCAAGACAUAUACCGCAUGCUCUGCCGACCCUCCGCUUUCGGCGGGGUGCUCCGGCUCCGAACCUCCCGGGAGCUUCGGGCCGUCCGAGCCUACGGUCACUUCUUCCCCGAUGCUCAGUAUGAGAAUCUUUAUCAUAUCAUUAGAUGUGAUCCAUUUGAUUCGUACGCAUUUGACUUGGAGUUUCGGGGGAAGGCUGGGUUUGGGGUGAAGGGGAGGGCUGGGAGAGAGAAGGGAGGGAGUGGUGGUGGUAACCGGGGAGCAGUGUUACAACUGGCGUUUCAGUAUACUGUGAUCAUUCCGGUGGAAGGGGGAGGGGAGAGGGGCGAGGGGGUUGGGGGGGGUAACGGGGCGGCUAGUAACGGGGAUGGGGCUGCUACAGGUCAUCCGGGCAUCCCUGGAAGAGGGAUUAAGGGAAGGCAGGUUGCUCCUGCAGGACUGGCUGGUCAUUCUCACGGCCCACUACAACCACGCCUUCGGACUCGCCCAGUUCAACCAGCCCCUUCUGUCCCUCUCUCUUUCACCUUCUCUCCCCUCCCACAGGUUAUCAGAGCGUCCCUUGAGGAAGGAGUAAGGGAAGGCAGACUCCUCCUGCAGGACUGGCUGGUCAUUCUCACGGCCCACCACAACCACGCCUUCGGACUCGCCCAGUUCAACCAGCCCUUUCCAUCCCCUCCCUCUUCCUUCCCACAGGUCAUUCGGGCAUCGCUGGAAGAGGGAGUACGGGAAGGCAGGUUGCUCCUACAGGACUGGCUGGUCAUUCUCACGGCCCACUACAACCACGCCUUUGGCCUCGCUCAGUUCAACCAACCCCACUCGGUGACUCGCCUCGACGUCUCCUUCUCAGCCUGCCCGCAGCUGCAGCCGCUGCCGCGGUUGGCUUUUGCUCUCCUGCGCUCGCCGCUGCUGCAGCUGCCAAGGGAAGGGGUUCACCCUGACCUGCGCACGUUCCUGCACUGCUUAUACGGUUCUCUAGAUCCUUCAUUCCUCAUGCGGGCUGUCUACCCCGUCCUCUCCUCCUACACCACUCCCGACCGCCCCGCCUUCCCCCGCCACUCCCUGAGCCGUGCUGCCCUCGUCACCAGCGGGAGCCCCAUUUUCCUCCUCGAUGCAUUCAGCACCAUCAUCAUCUUUUAUUCGCCCGCCGCUCCCCCCGACCUGCCCUUCCCACCACCACAAACAAGCUUGCUGCGGACGACCAUCAACCGGCUGAAGGCCGACCGCAUAAUCACGCCGCGUACAAUCACCAUCCGGGGAGGCGUGGACAGCACAGCCCCCUUUGAGACGUUUCUGAUCGAGGAGCAAGAUGUGGAUGGGGACGUGGAGGGCGGGGCAGUGGGCAUGGGUGAUAUUUUCCUCGCGAUCACAGAGAACCCCAUUCCCGUCGCCAUUCCUCUCACCCCUCUCAUCGCCCACUAUGCUAUCCUCGAGUUCGCCAAAUCGCCCACCCGUCUCCCUUUCCGUCGCGCGUCACGUCGCCAUCUCGUCGCCCGUCCCGUCGCCCUCUUCGUCGCCCUCUCUCCCCUCCUCUCCUCCCGUCGGCCUCUCUCUCGCCCCUCCCUACCGAUCGCCCUCCCGUCGCUAGCCCCGUCGCGCUCUCUCUCUCCGCUCCCUUCCCGUCGCCCUCUCUCUCGCCCCUCCCUUCCCGUCGCGCUCUCUCUCUCCGCGCCCUUCCCGUCGCCCUCUCUCUCGCCCCUCCCUUCCCAUCGCUCUCUCUCUCUCCGUUCCGCCCUCUCUCUCGCUCCUCCUUCGAAUCGCGCUCUCUCUCCGCUCCCUUCCCGUCGGCCUCUCUCUCCGCUCCCUUCCCGUCGCGCUCUCUCUCUCCGCUCCCUUCCCGUCGCCCUCUCUCUCGCCCCUCCCUUCCCGUCGCGCUCUCUCUCUCCGCUCCCUUCCCGUCGCCCUCUCUCUCGCCCCUCCCUUCCCGUCGCGCUCUCUCUCUCCGCUCCCUUCCCAUCGCCCUCUCUCUCGCCCCUCCCUUCCCGUCGCGAUCUCUCUCUCCGCUCCCUUCCCGUCGCCCUCUCUCUCGCCCCUCCUACCCGUCGCGCUCUCUCUCUCCGCGCCCUUCCCGUCGCCCUCUCUCUCGCCCCUCCCUUCCCAUCGCGUUCUCUCUCUCCGCUCCGCCCUCUCUCUCGCUCCUCCCUUCGAAUCGCGCUCUCUCUCCGCUCCCUUCCCGUCGCGCUCUCUCUCUCCGCUCCCUUCCCAUUGCCCUCUCUCUUUCUGCUCCCUUCCCAUCCUCCCUUCUCGCUCGCCUCGAAUAGCCCUCCCGGCGACCUUCGACUCUCCCAUCACGUAUGCCCUCCUUUCUCCGUCGCCUCUCUCGUUCUCCCUCUGCUAUCGCGUCAGCGUGACCCUUUCCGUACUCUGUUAUUGUGUUUGGUUUGUUUGUUUUUUCUGUCUUUCCAUCUAUUCUCGACACCCUCUCUCCCGCCGCCUAUCCUCUCUCCCGUCGCCCUCCCGUUUCCCGUCGCCCUCCCGUUUCCCGCCCCCCUCCCGUUUCCCGUCGCCCUCCCUUUUCCCGUCGCCCUCCCGUUUCCCGUCGCCCUCGCGUUUCCCGUCGCCCUCCGGUUUCCCGUCGCCCUCCCGUUUCCCGUCGCCCUCCCUUCUUCCGUCACCCUCCCUUUUCCCGUCGCCCUCGCGUUUCCCGCCCUCCCGUUUCCCGUCGCCCUCCCGUUUUCCGUCGCCCUCCCGUUUCCCGUCGCCCUCCCGUUUCCCGUCGCCCUCGCGUUUCCCGUCGCCCUCCCGUUUCCCGUCGCCCUCCCGUUUCCCGUCGCCCCCCUUCUUCCGUCGCCCUCCCGUUUCCUACGCCCUCCCUUCCCGUCGCCCUCCCGCCUCAAGUCCAAGGCAGCACAUUGA